UCUAUGGUUGGUAGCACAUUGCGUCGCUCGCCACAUGACACAUGCGAUUCAAGGAGAGCCUUCUGCAUAAAAACCACAUUCUGUAUCGUAGCGAAGUUAUCAACAGUUCUUAAUUUUUAAAGGAGACACAGUUAAAGAAGAGAAAUGCCCAAGAAGGCGAAAGAACAGUCGGAGUGGGUGGACGAUGAUGCCGCCACGGGGGCAGCAGAAAAAACUGUGAAAAAGGGGAAGAAAGAUAAAAAGGCAAAGAAGAAUUUUUUUGAGGAACUCUCAACAGACAGCAAACCUGAGAUGGUCGAGGAGGUGGCUGUGAAAGAACCUCAAGGAAAACAGAAAAAGAAGAGAGAGCUGAAGAAAGGGAAACCUGCAGAUGCAGGAGAGAAAGAUGACGAGGAUGUAAUGCUGAAGCUGAAAAAGCUCUCUGUGCAAGCAAGCGAUGAAGAAGACGAGCCAGUCAUCACCACAAGCAAAGUAAGCAAAAAGUACAGCUCCAGUGGACAUAGCAGAGGUCUGUACAGGUGUGAGGCCAAGCGCUACGGUCUGACGCAAGCAGCACAGGUGGUGGUGUUGAGUCAGUAUGUGGAGUGGACCUCUGGUGAACAGUUUCCCAUCUGCGUGCACCGAUAG